UACCGUGUGCGUAAAGCGCGCGCUCGGAUGCUGCGCUCACACGCGCGUCUCGCGCACUCAGCUUUGGAGCGAACUGGAUACGCGUGCUCCCGCAAACUGUAGUUCAACACAACACAACACAUAACCGUGAAAACAUAUUUUUACCUUUUGGUUAACCAGAAACAUGAGAUGUCUUCGUGGAAGUAGCUGUGUCUGCCGCUUUACAUCUGACCUCAGUCAGAGAGAGGAGGAAUACAGUUACGUUUGUUUGGAUGGACACGUGUGGAAGGACAAGUGUGGAUUUAAAAUAUAAGAUAUUGGACACCUCCGCUCUUUGAAUGAAAGUUGCGGUUUAAAGGGCCGCUGCUUGGCUUCAGGCAUCUCCAUCUGAUGGACGUCUUCACGCAGUAUGCCUACAAUGAGAGCUUCUUUGAAAAUGUAUCGAAAGACUUUAAUGCCACAGGGCAAGGGGGGAGGCACCAGUAUAAUUAUUACGCAAUGCUUCUCACGCUCCUCAUUUUCGUCAUCGUCUUUGGCAACGUGCUGGUAUGUAUGGCAGUCUCCAGGGAGAAAGCCCUGCAGACAACCACCAACUACCUGAUCGUAAGCCUGGCCGUGGCUGACCUGCUAGUGGCGACACUUGUAAUGCCGUGGGUGGUUUACCUCGAGGUGGUGGGAGAGUGGCGGUUCAGCACAAUCCAUUGUGACAUCUUUGUCACCCUGGACGUGAUGAUGUGUACAGCGAGCAUACUCAAUCUGUGUGCCAUCAGUAUUGACAGGUACACAGCUGUGGCCAUGCCGAUGUUAUACAACACACGCUACAGCUCCAAAAGGAGGGUCACAGUUAUGAUCUCUGUAGUGUGGAUUUUGUCUUUUGCUAUAUCAUGUCCACUGCUCUUUGGACUUAAUAAUACUGUAACCCAUGACGAUGCCCUGUGUGUGAUUGCCAACCCUGCCUUUGUAGUGUACUCCUCCAUUGUUUCCUUCUAUGUACCCUUCAUCAUUACCCUACUAGUAUACGUACAGAUCUACGUUGUACUCCGUAAGCGACGGAAACGUGUGAACACCAAGCACACAUGCCCUGUUUCAGACAUGGAGAUGAACUCCACUAUAAAGAAAUGCACCCACCCUGAUGAUGUGAAGCUGUGCACUGUGAUUGUCAAGUCCAGUGGGAAUUUUCCCGUGAACAACAAAAAUGUGAUUUUCAUAAAGGAGGUAGUAAACAAUGCGGAUGACAUCCAAAUGGAUGAAAUCACUGACUUAAACCCCCAGAGACAGAGAAAGCAGGAUCAGUCUGGGACAAGUCAAGAACACAGCAGGCUGGUUAACACUAAUCUAAGAGAGACUGACAUAUCACCCCCAUCGCCUAAAGCUGCUGUCAAAUCCGAAAGAAACGGAAACACCGGCAAUACUACAAAAGUGGUCAAAGCGUUUGAGAUCCAGGUCUCGCCCAACGGCAAAACGCAGGCGUCGGUAAAGUCUCUUAACAAACGCAAGAUCUCUCAACAAAAGGAGAAGAAAGCUACUCAGAUGUUAGCUAUUGUCCUUGGGGUGUUCAUCAUCUGCUGGCUGCCCUUCUUCAUCACACACAUCGUGAACACGUACUGUCAGGUCCCUCCUGAACUCUACACCGCCUUUACGUGGUUGGGCUACGUGAACAGUGCUGUAAAUCCAAUCAUAUACACCACGUUCAACAUCGAGUUUCGAAAAGCUUUCAUUAAGAUUCUUCAUUGUUGAGCAGGACUCCAUUCAUAGGAACAAAAGAUAAGGAAACGAUACCUCGUAAACAGCGGAUGCACUUUAUGUAACGGAUCAAAAUGAAAUGGUGGUUUAUGGUCUUGUGGAUACAUCAGUUACAUUUCAGUGGCUUAAAGAAUGUAUAUAGUUUGUAUUACAAAAAUUAUUUUGUUGUCAGAUCAUUGCACAAAAAGCUAAAGAAAAUGCAUAUAAAACAAAGCAAACAAUACAAUAAACCUCUUAGCAGUAUCGACUGCUCAGACUUUUUUUUAAGUGAUGCCUUUCCAUUAUUAUUGAUUUUUUUCUCAAUUUCAUUAUUUGCCCAGAACUGUACUGUAAUUGGGUAAAACAGCAUUUUAAAUCAUGAUACUAUCAUACUGUGAUACGAGUGGCUUCUGGUAGUAUUUAAUAGACCAUGCAUUGCAUGAGAGUUGUAUUUUUUUCUGUUGAAAAACUUGGUCAGUAAUGUCUGCAACUUUAUGUUUCAUUUUAUAAUGUUCACAUAGCAGCUAACUGCAGCAUUCGAUUGUAAUUUUCAUAUAUCAUAAAAGCAUUUGUUCUACAUUAACAACAAUGUGCAUAAAAACCAUUUGAAGAGAAAAAACAAAACCAUUUCUGAUGACGUGACUUGCAAACAAAAUAGCAUCGACUGUUGUUUGUCAACCUUCUCAGGAAAAAUCCGGCAUAUUGAUUCCCUGUUUAGGCCUUGACGAAGCAAACAAAAUACUUGAGACGCUGAAAGAAUAUGAACAUUCUGCUCACGUCCAUGAGGAGUUGUGGUGAAGACGAUCGAAAACUUCAUCCGAAAUAAAAUUCGGAUGCAAAAUAAAUUGUUAGCAAAACAGUAAAUUGUGUAAUUGAACUUCCUUUUCACUACUGUUUAAAUUGCAUUUCAUGCUUUAUAUGGCACACAUUGAAUGUGAUGAGCCUGCAAUGUAAUGCAUGUUAUGUCCAUAUGUCGC